AUGGAUGAGAAUGGCGCUUCACAGAUCAUUGGAGCUCUUGAAGCGAUAUACUCUACGAAAUCUGAUAAUGCAAGACGUUUGGAGGCCCAAAAGUUUCUGGAUGAGGUGAAAAUGCGGGAAGAAUCACCUUUGUGGGGAUAUGAAAUCGCGUUGAAUAAUCCGGGGAAUUCUAUCCUGAAGCACUUUGGAUUAGGUCUGCUAGCAUAUGCAGUGCAGAGGAAGUGGGCUGACUACUCGCAAGACAAAAAGAUUGCUGUACGGAAAUGGAUAGUAGAGCUGAAUUGUUGCGUGCAAGACUCGGAUCCUCGCUACAUCAAGGAAAAACUCGCGUUUCUUUGGGUAGAGGUUGCCAAGCGCGUAUGGGGAGAAGCUUUGAGAGAAGAAAACCCAUCCGAUGAGCAGUUGCAAGAGUCCUGGGUCGAUAUGGACAACAACCUCUCAGAGUUAUGGCACCUAAACGAAUCGGCUCGAGAGUUGACUCUCGUCAUUUUCCGUAUUUUAUUUGAAGAUGUCUUCCUACUUGAAGACUUGACUGUAUUGAAACGUAUUUCAGUUAUCCAGCCGCUGUGUGUUAUGAUCAUAAGCCCGACGGACGUUUUUGCUGCAAGGUACAGAUUCACCGAGAAAUGGAACCUUUUUAAGAGUAGUGGAAACGGGUGGUUUGAAAUUUGGGCCACUGAGCUCAGACAAUCCCUCGGUACUGAAAAUACAGUUUACGUCACAAGGCUCUUAGAGACUAUUAAGACAUGCUUGAAUUGGCCAUUGAGCGAAAUUAUGAUACGGAACGACGCCUGUGGUUUAUUGUUAGAAUGUCUUCUGAGUAAUAUUCCCAAAGCACAGUCUAUGGCUUUGGAUUCUUUGCAUAUUUUGUUGACUCGUCCUUAUAAUGACGAUGCCCACUACCAGGCGGUAAUCAACAAAGUCUUUAGCAGUAUGGACCUGCUUAAUAAAGUCUACGAUGGAUUGCAAUUUGAUCCCAAUGACAUUGACGAGCUAAAAUACCCGAUUGUUAAAAAAUUCGUGGACAUGGUAAGUUGCCUCUACACAUGUGUCUUCAAAAUUGAUGAAGACGAAGAAAUUGUUGAAAAGUAUUUGAGGCUCGUUUUGAGGACUACUUUCAACCCAAGCUUAAUUGUUAGUGGACUGACUCUAGAUUUGUGGUGUUCAUGUUUGCGGAACGAUGAAUUCUUGCCUGCAUUAGAGAAAACCAUAAUACCCGAGCUUCUUCAAUUUUCAGCAGACGCUCUCAUAUACUAUGAGCAAAUAGAUGGACAUGUUUCGAAACAGUUUGCAGACGUAGACUUCCAGUCUACGUCUGAAUUUCAAUCUUUCUGCUCCACUUAUAGAAAAAGGAUUCGAGAUAUUAUUCGGCUGAUCUCUUGCGUCAAGCUAGACUUUGCAUACGACUGGCUGAAUGCGAGACUCAAUACAUUUUUCAGUUCACCCUUUGGCCAGGAGGUUUUGAGCUCACAGUUUCUAGACCACAAGAGCGAACCAUACCUAAGUGCUCUAUCACAACUGAUGAUCGUCGAAUGCUUCAUCAAUGGCUGUAUACGAUGGAAGAUCUGGUAUCCUGACAGUCCGGCAUACAAUGACAAGCUGAACGAUAUUUUGGUGAAGAUAGAGACGCUUUCCGACCAGCUAAUUGCACUCACUCUGAGCGAACCUCUCUUACUCAAGAAACAGAUCCAAAAUUUUGCUCUUUUUUUGACUAUGCUAAAAGACAAUGUUCUUCUCAAAUUGCUAGAAAAGAUCAUCACAAGUGCAACUUUGGAUUAUCCCAAUCUUGACUUGGACGAAAAAACUGAACAAUCCGAUGCAGUGCGAGAUCUCAGAUAUGCUUGCGGAAUUGAGCUCAAUAGGAUGGCCAUCUUGAUGCCGGAUUCGCUUAGCAAGAUUUUUACGGAGUUGCAAAAUGUGGUGGCGGGUAUAAUGCCGAGGCUUUCUUAUCAUGAGAAGAUUUCUUUCAAGUCUUUCUUGUUGACUAUUGUAUUAAAAUCAUCUUUAGGGGAAAAAGAGGAGAGAUUUGCCCUCAUUGUCGAUCCUGAGCUGACAGCUUGGUCCGAAAAAGAGACCGUUGUGGGAUUGACCGACCUUCCGUGGUUCAUGGAAAGGCUUGGAAUUGUCCAAAUAUCGGAAUACUUUCAAAAAAGGGCGAUUAAUAGUAACGAUGAUCUCCUGUCCAUUCCUGUUGACGAGGAAGGCAAACAAUUGAAGACACAUCUUUCCAAACGCUGGCAAUCGCUGUUUCCAGUAAGAGCAACGAGGAUGUUUGUCCAUUAUUCGAUGCAAAGCAUCAAGAAUGACGCGGAGCUUGAAAUGCUGCAAAACCUUUGGAGGCCACGAGUUGUCCCCAUUCUACCUUACAUUAUGCGUCUCCUCUACCAACUACAAUCUUACCACGACCCCGACAACUGGAAAGAGCUCCCUGUGGUCGUUCAGUCCUUUGUCAAAUGCUCUACAAUUGAGCGCUUUUGGGAAGCUGGUGCUUCCAAUAAAUCCAAAGAUGAAUUCAUUGACGAGCACAUGAAGGCCAUGCAAACUUUACGUGAUUUCGCCGAUUCAGUCGGCCAUAUUGUCCGCUACACCAGAGAAUACGUGCUAUUGGUUAUUAGUGCCAUGUCAAGUCUAGGUAGCAUAUUCUAUGACAUUGACGAACUUCCCCAAAUGUUGAUGGAUUCCAUCGCUAUAUACAAUCCAUCGGUAGGAGAAAUCAGCCCCGGAGUAAGCACUCAUGGUUGGAAGCAUAUCAUAAAUGUUGCGAUACGCCCGUUGCUAAAAAACUGUCCCCCUCAGUCAUUGCAAAAGUUUAUGACUGCCUUCCUGCCCAAAUUAUUCAACACUCUGGAUGUUCUUUUGUGUCAAAAAUGGUCUGUGUACAUGAAAGACAUUGAUGUUAACCCCUCGCCUACAGACGACGAUGAAAUGACGGAAGAAAUUCUUGAGGAAAACCUUUUAAGGCAACUGACUACAGUGGUGGUUCGGCUUUUGAUCGACUGUGUUGGCCAAGUUGGCACUAACUCCCAGGCCUCGAAGAUGAAACUGAACUCUCAUCAAAUCGAACUAAGAAAGAUCAUUUUCGGCAAUACAGAAGUCAUGAAUUCAUUUUUGAGACUUCUGAACCACUUGAUGUCGUUCCGUGAUAGUAAAUGUUCCUUCAAUGCUAUUCUAGUAAUGAAGAGCUGCCUAGUUGAUACCUUGAUUAAAAACGAAUCUACAGAUCAAUUUUUCACUACAGAAAUUAUGCCCAAUCUUCUGCUGAAUGUGCUCACUCAAAAUGCCUUCAAGGAUUCACUCUAUGAAGGACUUUACGUUUUUACCGUGAUCUUUUUGACUCUUUGUAAAGAAUACAAGAGUUCUAGAGACUAUCUCUGUCAGCUUUCCAAUGGUUUUGAUGUGGAGACUCUAUAUGAGAGCGUCAGAAGCGUUGAAAGCUACAAAAACCAGCGGGCGUUAAUGGUAGAGUUCGUCGAUUGGAUCAAGACUGUGAACGGUCAAGGUCACGAUGAGCGUGACGAAGAUGACAAAAAGAGGCAGGAGAAAAGACAGAUUAUUUUGGAACGUGCAAACGAGAGACUUAUCAAGCCCAACAAGGAGCAAAAAGAUUUACUAGAUGAUCCAAAUACCGAAGAUGCUGCCUUUGGAUCUCUUUUCCAGUCAUGA